AGCCAUUUUGGCUCAGGCCGUCUGGGUUCCGGCCGCGCCGGCUCGGCCAAGUCGUUCUGGCCGGCGGAGGCUGCGGCCGCGGGCCCCCCCCCGCACGGGCAGCGGCAGUUGCAAGCAUGGCGGCGGCUCGCGAGAAGGAGGUCUACUUCGCGAAGCUCGCGGAGCAGGCGGAGCGCUACGACGAGAUGGCGACCCACAUGGAGGCAGUGGGGAAGUCGGGGGACGAGCUGUCGGUUGAGGAGCGCAACCUCCUGUCAGUGGCCUACAAGAACGCCGUGGGUUCGCGCCGCGCGGCGUGGCGCAUCAUCACCAGCGUGGAGCAGAAAGAGCUCAGCAGGGGCAACGAUGAGAACGCACAGUGGGCGAAGGAGUAUUGUAAGAAGGUGGAAAGUGAGCUCGAUUCCAUCUGUAAGCAGAUCCUUGCUCUGUUGAACGACGGCCUGAUCGGGAAGGCAACGACAGUCGAGUCCAAGGUAUUUUACCAGAAGAUGAAGGCCGACUACUAUCGCUACAUUGCCGAAUACACCACCGACGAUGUCAAGACAAAGGCUUCGAAUGACGCCCAAUCUGCCUAUGAGGAAGCGCAAGCGGUUGCCACCAAGGACUUGGCAGCGACACAUCCGAUCCGCCUUGGUCUUGUUCUGAACUACUCAGUGUUCCUAUACGAGGUGGUUGGGAAUCCGGACGAGGCGUGCAAGAUGGCGCGCAUCGCUUUCGAGGACGCGAUCGCCGAGCUUGACAACGUCGGGGAGGACUCGUACAAGGACUCCACCCUAAUCAUGCAGCUGAUUCGCGACAAUCUGACGCUCUGGACCUCGGACCAGGAGGACAGAGCGCCGUGAGAACAACCUGCACAGAGCGUUGGCUCGGCAGUGCUUCCGCAGGAGUGAGCCAGCUGGAAGCCGGGCGGGGGCCACGAGAUCCAUGGAUAGAAACGUGGGGAGGGGGGGGGGGCAUAGCACAGAAUCGACGUACACGGGGGGGCUGUGGCCCAAGUGAUCCGCGCCUGCAUAUGUCCCCCCGUUGAAGGCCUGGUGCCACGUCCUGCCACGGGCGAAUUAGCUUCGCAGCGAAGAGCGCCAUUCCUCGAGUUGAAGUUGUCUGGUUUUCUCGCACGCGCCAGCCUGGCACGUGGGUGCGGCAAGCCGUUGCCAGACGACCUCCGCUCCCGUUCGAGCAGCUACCUCAUCAUCACUCCUCCUUUGCAUGCCACCGCCAUGCUAGUUUUUUCCAUUCGCCCACGGCCCGUCCGGCUCAGAGAGCCGCAUCCGUGGUGUCGGCGACACAGCAGCAGGCGAUCUUUCGAUCUGGCGCUGGCGUGGCUACCUCUGCCGAGAAAGGCAGUGGCUGCGGCAGCGUGCUUUCACAGAAGUUGCCGUGGGACUCCAGUGGAUCACUCUCUUGGCCCAUUGAGAAGACCAAGCACGCAGAUCAUUGCUCGCUCUGUUUUCUCUCGCUCUCUAUUUCUUUCUUUCUUCCUUUCUCUCUCACUCUCUCUCGGACCCAUCAGUCCCACAACAGACCCACCGAAUCAGCACCCCGCUGCUAUGAUCACAAAUGGCCGCACAAGCUUGUCCAACCCGUCCUAGAUGCCAGUGCUUUUGUCUGAGCGGUGCACCUGUCAGCCCGUUGCGCCAGCUGGAACAACAACAAAGAAAAAAGAGACGGCUCCGGAUGAAGAAUUGGUCCUGGGGGAAGGCCCCCGGGUCCAGGACCCGUUUUCCUCGAGGCACGUUGGUUUCUUGCGACAGUGUUGCGCCGUGUCCACCGCGUCGUCUCGUGAUCGAGCUUGUUUUCCUGAUAUGGUGUGUGAUGUGUCCACCACGCAAUGUCUCGCCAAGCUGCGAUUGUUGAGCGAAGCAGUCGUUCUAUGAACAAGCUACUCGGUAGUGGCUGGACCCCAAUCACGGCCACGGCAGUGUGAGUCGACGUCGCCACCUGCAGAAUUCACAAAAUUGUCCCCCUGAUGUAUUAGGACACGCUGUCUUCAUCGUGAUAUGCUUUGGCCCGCGCUGCGUUUGUCAAAGCCAAUUGUGGGGGGGAGCACAAGCAAGUGUGGUCCGCACGCUCUGGUUGUAAAGCACCCCAUCUGGCUGUGGCCAAAGCCAGGUGAAGGUUAACAGGAUAAACGCCACGAUGUGCACAAGGCCAUGCGGAGGCGGAUCAAGGAUG